CAUCGAAGAAGACGCUGGUCGACUCGUGACGUCACCGACGCUCUGACAUCACUACGUUGCAGCCAUGGAGGAAGUAAGAGUGUUUCCCCUGACUUGUGCUGUGCAAAAUUAUGCGUGGGGGAAGAUCGGACUGGACAGCGAGGUGGCCAAACUGGUGGUUGGUGGAGACCCGCUUGCUGUCAUAGAGGAGGGAAGACCUUAUGCAGAGUUGUGGAUGGGCGCCCACCCAAAGGGCGAUGCCCAGAUUAAGGACAACCGGAUCGCACAGACCACCCUGGGCCAGUGGAUCGCCCACUUCCCUGCCUGCUUGGGCUCCAAGGUGAAAGACACCUUCCAGGGUCAGCUGCCGUUCCUUUUCAAAGUCCUCUCUGUCAAUACAGCUCUGUCCAUACAGGCCCAUCCCAACAGAGAAUUAGCUGCUCGGCUGCACGCUCAGUUUCCUGAGCACUAUCCUGACAACAACCACAAGCCAGAGAUGGCCAUCGCUCUCACCCGCUUCCAGGGACUUUGUGGCUUCCGACCAGUGGAGGAGAUCCUGGGCUUCCUCAAAUCGGUCCCAGAGUUCCACGUUCUGGUGGGCUACAGUGCAGCAGAGGAGCUGCGGUCCAGUGUGGGGGAUCCGGUUCGUACAAGCCAGGCGCUGAAGAAGUGCUUCACCAGAAUGAUGAACUGUGAAAAAAAGUUGUUUGUGGACCAGCUCAACAUGCUGGUGAAAAGAGUCACUGAAGAGGGCGCAGCAGGGAAGGACACGUCCAGCAGCAACGGUGACCUGUUGCUCCGCCUCCACUCCCAGUACCCAGGAGACAUCGGCUGCUUCUCCAUCUACUUCCUCAACCACAUGGUCCUGGAUCCGGGCCAGGCCAUGUUCCUGGGAGCCAAUGAGCCUCACGCGUACCUAUACGGAGAUUGUAUUGAGUGUAUGGCUUGCUCAGACAACACUGUGAGAGCCGGACUCACACCAAAAUACAUCGAUGUGAACACGCUGUGCGAGAUGCUGAACUACAGCCCCGCCCCCGCCUCCCAGAAAAUCUUCCCGUGUGUUCAGGACCCGUCAGACCCCUGCGUGUCCUUGUACGACCCACCAGUGCCAGACUUCACUGUCAUGAGGAUACAGGUGCCAGCCUCAGUGAAGCAGUACACUGUUGCUCCGGUGGACAGCGCCAGCAUCCUCCUAGUCAUCGAGGGCGACGCGGCUGCAACCUCUGCUGCGGCUUUCUCAGACGUCACCCUGAGGAGGGGAUCCGUCCUGUUUGUCUCGGCCAACGAGAGCGUCGCUCUGCACAUCACCUCGCAGUCAGGGAUGAGCCUGUUCCGAGCCUGCUGCCUCCUGUAGUCGUGAGCCCGCAACUGUGUGUGAAACCCCAUGGUCCCUGUUUGUUUGUGGUUUGACUCGAGGUCUAUGCUAUGUUAUGGAUUGAGCCCAGUGACUAACGUGCACUUUUUAGUAGGUAGUAUAAAAGCUGAAGGAGUGUGUUGACUCCCGCUGCUCCCCUUUAACCCCAAACUCAAACCAUAGACAGCAGUGUUAAUUAACCCGUUUAAUCCCACUGGCAACAAUAACCUUUACUAACCUUUUUUAAUCUAAGUCUGACUUUGGGUAGCUAAUUAAAGUUUGAAAAUUAAAGAAUAGAGUGUUUCCUAUAACUUAUAUCAAUAAAAUCAAUAUCAUGUAGCUAGUGUGAAUGGUCACAUCACUAGGCCUCUUUACUCACGGCCUGCACCUCCGGAAGGAAAUGUCUGCCUCAAACUUUUACAAGAGGAAGUGUACUUUCAACAUGCAUACUUAAAAGAAUCUACUACUGAUAUAUGAUGUGAACUAUAUACCUUUGUGCAUUUUUUGGUCAUAAGAAUAGUAAAUAUAAGCAUGGCAACAUUUGUUGCCGCUUGCAUAAAACAUGCCAAGUGUUAUGCCAAGUUUAUGAUAGGAUAGGUUUAAGGUGUUUAUUCUGUAUUAGUUGUGUUUUUUUUAUACACAACCCUAAACCCCUAAGGGAGGUACAAUAUCACUUGAUACUAGUGAUUCCCCCACAGUAGACGACCAAGCUGAAUAAGAAGAUGCCCAGAGGUUAAUACUCCACAGCGCAAUAAAGGGAAAUGCUCAAAUGAAAACGAAACCCUGAAAUGCAAUAAAACAAAAACAAUAAAUGCAACAAUUGUUGCCGAGUAUAUAACGUGCUUUUUCACUAACAUACAGUAACCAACAGGAAUUUUAAAAAAUCAUACAGUUUAUGUACAAGGGAGGUCUAAGGUAUGAGAUGCAUGCACUUAUUUUGCAGGGAAAAAUUUGGGAUUAAACGGGUUAAGUAUAAAAAAUAUGUCCACAAUGCUCAGAUGACACAAUCCAUUUGAAAAAAAAUCGGUCUCACUUGAAGUUUUUGUGCUGUUCUAAGGCUCACGUCUUCUCUGAUCCCAGGGUGACUAUCCCCACCCCAAGACCGUGCAAUAUGACUGAGAACAGUACGUGAAGUGAAUUGGUGUUGGGAAAACGCUUUGAACAAAAAGUAUUUCACCAUAAAUAGAGUGAGAGAUGUGGUUGCAUGGACAGACAUCUCUUACUCGGCGUGGUGUUUAUUUUGUGAUUUCUAAACAGGUACUCUACCUGGAGACAUUUUUACUUUUUAUUCCAAGUACAGCUGCAGCUGGAUGCUCUCACUUUUAAUAGCGCACACUAACAGUGGUGUGUUCAAACUGCACUAAAGCAGGGUGGGGAGACGUUUACACUGGUGCAGUGCACCACCACUCACUGCUUCACACUGCAACUACAGCCCCACCUUUAUGAGGACCGAGCAUGUCUGUUUUACGAGCCAGCAGUCGUCUUCCCCCGGGAUCACUGGCGCAACCACCAGUAUCUGUUUUAUCAUUUUAACCGUAGCUUGGUCGAGUAGAUAUCCAACUUUCAAAUUCAACUUAAGGAAAGCAACCUUGUUAGUAUAACCAGAGUUAACAGUAUAUAGUGUAACACUGAGAUGCCUGUGCAUGUUUGAUUCAGAGCAGUGAUGCUGCAGUCGCUACUGUAAUGCUGCUACGAGCCGGUCACAGUGAAGUCGACUCUGCUCAGUAUCUCUGCUCGCGACCGUUACCAGCGCAUGUUUACAGUCUGGACACUUUUCAUCACAGUAGUAAACAAUCAUAAACAUUAGACAACUGAACAGAAGAAGGUCCCAACAUCUCCACCCUAGGAAGCAUGACUGUAUGGGAAUCAGGAAUGUCAAAUGUCUUAAUCUGUAGGACUAAAAGUACCACGACUCAUCGCAUACGUACACAGUCUGACCCGUGCGUGUUCCAUGUCUUGCACAGUUGUACAACAAAGAGGUGCGUUCAAUUUUAUAGUGUUAUUUGGAGCCAGAUUUUUGACUUUGUAUGUUUUGUUGUUUGUACUGAUUAAUCAAUGCGUGACAUUGCAUACUAAGAGAAAUGAUCCCUGAAGUAACUGCAUGAUAAGCUUUCACUUUUCUGGGGUCACUUUCCAACUGGUACACUAUCGUGGCUAGAUAACUUCAGUAUGGUGCAAACCUCUGUAUAGUAUUCCAGUUCACACCAGGGUCUUUCUGAAUACAAUCAAUCAUGAAGUGGAUUUUCUUGUUGUAAUGGUUUUUAUAGGCUAUCUUUGUCAAAUAUUUCAAAAUGAAUGCUUAUCAGCCUGCCAGUGAAUACAUAUUUCUCUGAAUGAACGCUAACACUUUUACCUACGUCAUGAUCGUGUCAGCAACGUAGGAGGAUUUCCAAGCUUGAUCCUAAUUGAGAUGCUCUGAACCUUUAGUCGCUUGUUGUUGUUAAAAUUGUUGCGGAGAGAUGAGAUGAGGGAUGCGACGGUUAAUUUCUAAUCACUUUUGGUGUCUCCGAUUAAAAUCAUUACCUCAAAUCCAUCCUGCCAUAUCUCCAAAAAUGUAGAACCUUCAAUUCUUUUUGUCAACAAACUACCUAAUUUCUUUUCUGAAGUGACCAGUAUCUGUGAUGGUAUCUGAUUUAGAAUUGUAACUUUUCUUUAACUAUAUUAACACAUGCCUUUGUUACUGAUCUUAUUUUAGUCACCUUAUGGUUUGAAUACUGUUCAUCUAGGAGUUUGCACAGAGAUUAUUUUUUGACCCUUUUAAAAUCAUGUUCAUGGAUCUGAAGACUUGACUGUUUCUUUAACCUUUGUGGGAACAUUUGUUGGAAUAUUUCUCUAGUCAGGGCAUGGUUAGCAUUUUUGAAUAUGGUGAUGCUGUAGCAUGGGAAUGCAGAGAACGUGUAUGUAAAAGUGGUUUAAUAAAGCCUUGUUCUGUUACUA